CUGUUUUUUGCUUUGUUUUAAAUGUUGUAUUCGUUUUGCUAUAUUUCAAAUAAAGCACUCCCUCUUUCCUUCCUUUUUUCCGCCUCAUUCAUGGAAGCACUAUUUAGUUCACAGUAAUAUUCGGUCUUUAUUGUCAUUAUUGCUUGUUAGUUUUGCCAACUAAUACUUGUUUCUUUCUCACCAGGCGAUUGUCUUCAUUCAUUGGCUGCUGACUAUAUUGUGAGUAGCUCUCUCCUGGGCAGGUUCCUCGAUAGCUCAGUCAUACUGUGUAUUAUGAUGAUUGUCACAGAAAUUUAAACUACAAGGAUACCCAGAAACAGGAUGGGAUCUGCUGCAUAAAAGGCAGUCCACCCGCGUGUUGCGAGAUGCAGUGCGUGCUCUUUGGGGACAUGAAAAGCAGUCCACCUGCGUGUUGCGAGAUGCAGUGCGUGCUCUUUGGGGAUCUGAAAGGCAGUCCACUGGCGAGUUGCGAAAUGCAGUGCGAGCUCUUUGGGGACACGAAAAGCAGUCCACCCGCAUGUUGCGAGAUGCAGUGCGAGCUCUUUGGGGACACGAAAGGCAGUCCACCCGCGUGUUGCGAGAUGUAGUGCGUGCUCUUUGGGGGACAUGAAAGGUAGUCCACCCGCGUGUUGCGAGAUGCAGUGCGAGCUCUUUGGUGGACAUGAAAGGCAGUCCACCCGCGUGUUGCGAGAUGCAGUGCGAGCUCUUUGGGGGACAUGAAAGGUAGUCCACCCGCAUGUUGCGAGAUGCAGUGUGAGCUCUUUGGGGACAUGAAAGGCAGUCCACCCGCGUGUUGCGAGAUGCAGUGCGAGCUCUUUGGGGACAUGAAAGGCAGUCCACCCGCGUGUUGCGAGAUGCAGUGCGAGCUCUUUAGGGACCUGAAAGGCAGUCUACCCGUGUGUUGCGAGAUGCAGUGCGAGCUCUUUGGGGACAUGAAAGGUAGUCCACCCGCGUGUUGCGAGAUGCAGUGCGAGCUCUUUGGGACAUGAAAGGCAGUCCACCCGCGUGUUGCGAGAUGCAGUGCGAGCUCUUUGGGGACAUGAAAGGUAGUCCACCCGCGUGUUGCGAGAUGCAGUGCGAGCUCUUUGGGGGACAUGAAAGGUAGUCCACCCGCGUGUUGGGAGAUGCAGUGCGAGCUGUUUGGGGGACAUGAAAAGUAGUCCACCCGCGUGUUGCGAGAUGCAGUGCGAGCUCUUUGGGGGACAUGAAAGGCAGUCCACCCGCGUGUUGCGAGAUGCAGUGCGAGCUCUUUGGGGACAUGAAAGGUAGUCCACCCGCGUGUUGCGAGAUGCAGUGCGAGCUCUUUGGUGGACAUGCAAUGGCGUGAGCAACGAUUGGAAAUUGUUUCCAACUGCCAUCUUGGAGAAGCAGAUACAGUGUUUCAUCAUUGAAUAGUAUUAUAGAAUAUAAAUUGCAGAAUAAAAAAAUGUGAACUAAAGGAAUAUACAAACAUAGAAUAAAAAUUAGAUUUAUUAUAAUCUCUGUAAAAAAAAAUGUUUUUAAAAAUACAGAUCUGCAAAAUGAGCUUUCCCUCUAUUUAUCGUAAGAUGUUUUAAUUUUCCCCAUCAAUGUAAAUUACUUUAUGAACUGUGUUUUCGAUCUGUACAGGUGAUUUACUUAUUACCUUUUGGGUUGAUAAUACAGUUUUGUGACAGUAGUCUGUAUUUUGUAUUAUCCCCUCUCUGUUUGUAAAACUUUGGCCCUGUCACAUUCAGACAGUGAGCAUUCUAACCAUUUCUUAUAAAAAGUCUUGGAAUUUCAAAUAAUUUAUGACUUGGGAAAAAGUGGGUAAAUUGUGGGACAUCUCAGGCCUGCCCUGAAUUCCUUGUUUAACUGCGCGUCCUUGUGAAGAUAUUUACAUAAACAAUGUGUUCUGUCUUACAGCGCAUGUAUGAUUCAAUGGCUACCUGUUACCUAUUAUCUAGCAAACAUUACCGUCCUAGCCAUGGGUGUCUGGGCAGUCGCCCAGCGAGACUCUGCUGAUGCAAUCUUAAUGGUAAGCCAUUUAGAAGCAAAUCAAUGUUAUUAAAAAGCUUUCAGAUUUUUCUUUUCUACUAAAACAAGAAAUCAGAUCCUUCGUCUGUAUCACACGGACUAUGAACAGAAAAGAGACUGGAAUCAGAACCCUUUUUGACUGGGGGAAUUGAGGAAAGGAAAAGGAUUAUGUGCAGACGGAAAUAGCAGAUCCAAUAAAACAAACAAGCAGGGUGCGGAAUUCUAGGUUUGCAAGCAAGGAUUGAUAGUUAAAAUGUGCCUUAAAAUGUUCUGUUUAUUAUAUUUCCAAGGGGCCAAUACUUUAAAGGCACAUUUCAAGUUGUUGUCUUUUUCCACAUUUAUAUAGUGCAUUAAAAUGGGGGUCAGCUGUAUGUUAAAUUUCCCUGUUCUGAACGUUGUAGAGCAUUAAAUAUAAUGCAUGUAUUGUGCUAAUUAAUAUAAAUACUCCGUGUUAUUUACUUAGUUACUUUUCGCUUACUUAGAAAAGUCAUUUGCCUUUACCUUUAUACAGCUUGAAUAGGGGUGCUUAUUAGAAGCAUGGUUCCAUGAACAUGGUUCUUAAAGAGAUCCUGUAGUGCCCGGAAAACAAACCUGUUUUCCUGGCACUUUAGGCUCCUGGAGUGCCCUCUCUCUCAGGGGCCUGAAGGUGUCAGGCUCCGCCCACGCUCCUCCCCCGCAGACAUUAGCCAGCGGGGGAGACCUAAUGUGUAUGCGCGGUAAUGGUUGCGUGCGCAUUAUACCUCCCCAUAGGGAAGCAUUAUUCAAUGCUUUCUUAAAGGGAAAAUCUGACGCUGGAGAUUCGUGAGGACGUCCUGCGUCAGAUAACGGACCAAAAGUCCAUUUGGAUUCCGGAAGCACUCUAGUGGCUGUCUCUGGAACUGCAGUGUUUUACUUUGCAGCACUAAGUGCAAAAGGGUCACAGCACCCAGACCACCUCAAUUAGCUGAAGUGGUCUGGGUGCAUACAGUGUCCCUUUAAAGCACUUUGUGCGGGUAUACUAUAGCUAUCAAAGCUAGAAAGCAUAGAAAGAAACUACCAUUACAAUUGGCCAAGCCACUUCCUGGCCCAGGCAGGGAUCACUGCUGCAGCUGCAAACGUACAGCAAAAACAGGAAUUUCAAAUGAGAGUAAUUUUAUUUAAUUUAUUGCUCUGCUAAAUCGGCACUGUCAUUUCCCUUCCAAAAUUAGUAUUUCAUAAAAAUAAAGUCUUCAUGAAAUACUCACAUUGACUGUGUUGGAAUUCCACUGAUGUACUAAGACAAAGUAGGGCCUAUGUUUGUCUUUGUACGUUUCCUACACUUAACAAGCUUAAAGGGGCACUCCAGACCCCUGAGGCACUUUAACUUACUGAAAAACUACUUUUUUAGUUUUGCAAAAGGGGCACAUUUCAAUAGAAAUUGGCACUUUUAUAAAUUAACCUGGUUACACCCUCCUGCCUUUUACUUCCUGGUUUGGUUAGCUCAGUGGAGCUAAACUCAAGAGACAGCAAUUGCUCACAACAGUGGUUCCCAAACCAGUCCUCAUGGCCCACCAACAAUCCAGGUUUUAUUUAUUUCCAUAUGUUAUUCUAAUGGAGAUACUGACAAAAUCUGGACUGCUGGUGGGUCUUGAGGACUGGUUUAGGAAACACUGGCUCAAAGCACCUGCUUUGCAAAGACUUCUCAUUGAUCUGCAUUGGGAAGCAUGUGAUUGGACAUCCACAGAAAGUCUGGGCGGGGCAAGAAAGGAAGGGCUUGCAAAAGCUGCAGACAAGAGAACUGCAGGUUUUGCAAGUGGUUUUUAAAUAUAACUUAGAUGAAAAAGGGCAUAAUUAAAUGCAUGCCAAUUUUCAUUUGGGGUAUAUCUACUAAACAGUGAUGUUUUUUCUUUUGGGCAGUGGAGUGUCCUUUAACAAAAAAAUGGCGGAUCUACCUGUCUAUGAAGGAACCCGUGGUAUUGUGGGAUUCUCCAUAGACAGUGUUGUGGGCGAGAGUACAAUACUGAUGUGGGUUCCUGACAGGAAGAGCGUGGUGAGGGCCACUAGGGAUAGGUUCAUGUAAGUAUAACUCGCCUUCUCAUGGGCUAUCGCACUGCCAGCCAUAAAGUCUCCAUCAGACAGCGACAGAGCUGCUUUAAAGCGUAUAAUUUUUGCUUGUAAUUUUUAAAUGAAUUAUCUAUAGAAUAUGUAAAUAACCGGUCGGCUCCAGCCUGCAGCGUCACUUCAAUACCUUGCAGUCAUUUUCUGCAUUUCUAGUAGUUUAUCUUGCUUUCUCUUUCAGUUUCUCAUUGGUUUGGCGACCACAGUCAUUACAGACAUUCUACUCUUUGCGUUAUUUUAUGCCCCAGCGGAGGCACAGUAUGAACCUACGACAUCUAGAGAUUUAUUUCGGUUUGCUGGUGGUAUGGCCAUUUUAAGUCUGAUCUUCAAACCCUUGUCAUGUUUCUUCUCUUACCACAUGUACCGUGAGCGAGGCGGGGAGUGCAGCGUCAAUCUGGGUAAGUGACACUUUGGUAAGAACUAGUAGGGUUUAACCAAUGAUGUGCCAGGACUGUCAUAACUUUACCUAACCCUUCAUCUUAAAGGGACACAUAUCCCCGUUAUCCUAUUUGUGUCUUAGUGCGUCUCGUAUAUUUGUCUGUUUUUCUGUUUGUCCAUCAAUCACAAAUUACUUCAGAGAUGUUCAAAAGGCAGAAUCCUAACUGUUGUGGUGUUACCACUCCUAUGAUGCUGUGGUAGUCUAAUGGCUGACAGGACAUUGUAGAUGUUGAGGUUGUAACACAGCUGGGGAUCUACUUUUUGGUAGCCACCCCCGCUGCAGUCAUUUGCUACUGAAAUGUUCAUGAGGACAACCAUGACAAAUCCGAAAAAGUCUCCUCAUGAUCAUUGCCCUUAGCAUCUCUAGUCUUGUAAAGGAUCCCCUAUACUUUGGCUGAGUGUAUCUGCUGUAGUUCUCCCAAAUCCCCAGUGAAGCAGUGAUUAUAGCUCCCAAUUCCCCAAACAUCAGCCUAGACUUGAUGAAAGGUAGAAACGAAUGUGUUUAUUAGGGCCAUAUGGCCCACUUAUAUACAAAAUCAGGAGGUUGGAGAACACGCCCAGAACACUCCCACAAAAUGUCCACAAAUUCCUGUGUCAGAGUGGCAUGAAAACAUAAAAUAUCAAAAUACAUACAAAACAAAUAGGAACCCUCACAAAUUAUAUAUCGUUACAUAGCCCUGAUCUGAGCUCUCAAGUUCUCCAAAUAGCGCUCAAAUCCAUUCAGUGUAGGGGAAACGCCACCGUGUGGAAGUUCUGACUGGCCGCACACAUGGUCCUAUGCCCAAAACAGUUCCAGGGUGUUUGGUGCUUUUGCUGGACAACUUCCGGGAGCUCCUGCGGCCGCAAUAAGGGUGCUCCGCCUGGGUCUCGGGUAGCGUUUGUUCCCCUUAGUCUCAGACACCUUCCCUACAAAAAGCGCUCUCCUGGCGGAUUUCAAAGUGGUUCAAAACACUGUGGACCAAGUUGUCUGGGAGCCGCAUGGUCACCUCAUGCCGAAAACAGUUCCAUAACAUUCGCGGCUAAGUCCCGCUGAGGUGACCGGGAACCCACGAAGUCCUCGUGACUAAUUUAGUUCCAUAAUGAUCAUGGCUAAGUACCGCUGAGGACUAUUCGUGGGUUUUUUCAUGCGAACAGCCGCCAGCGAGUUAGUGUUCGGUUCCAUUUGAAUGAAGGGAAAAUGCCGAACCAGGAGCACCCAGGGAAAGCUGCUAAUGGCAGCUGGGGAGGUUUAACUCCUGAACAGGGUCUUUGUAUGUGGCCAUUGUCCUUGGGCAGGAGGCCAACUAGCAGGCUCCUCCAGGAGUUUGUGACAAACGUCCAGGGUAAGCAGCGUUUGUCACACUUCCCAUCUGUCUCUAUAGUUUAUUUGGUUUUCAUUCUUGUAAUUACCAGUCAUUUUGCUUUGCACCCUUGCAUGGCAUGGAUUAAAUGCAUGGCUUGCCUUUACAAACAUCGCUUGUAAAUAUGUCUUUCUGGCUAUCUGUGACUUGGCCUCAAAUCUAUAACGAAGGAACUUGGAAUAACAAACAACAACAUCUGGCCCUUUUUUUAUUUAUUUUUAUUUUUUUAUUUUAUUAAGGAUCCCUGUGAGGGAUUACAUGUUCCGAUUUCCCUUUCAUAUGGAAGCAUGCCUGCCCUUUUCCUAAAGGUUACACAAUACUAUGUCACAGUAGACCAAUAUCAGUGAUCCAGUGCAGCUUCUGUUGAAGUAAAACGUGUGCUAAUGUAGAGCUGGGGAAACGUGCAUCAACUCAUUUUCCAUAAGCCGCAAAUGUCCUUUGUUCUAGGUUCCCAAACUCUCAUCAUAGAUUAUUGGAAUUCUUCUAAUUAACAAGACCUCCCCGUCUUCUGUCACUAAACCAUACGUUACAUCUUCCUGUAAGAACUUUGUUUCUGAGCUAGGUUUUCCUGUACAAGCUUCCUAUUUCAUGAUAAUGGAAAGCAGUAUGAAGGAUUAAUAUGAUGCAGGAUUAGGGAUUGAUCUACCCUUACAGCAUUUGAAUUCUACAUUCUGAAGGAAUCUGUGCAUACACGUAAAUAAAAUAUAAAUGUAUAAACAGACACUUUGAGACAGUGGGCACUCCAGUUGAGGGGCCGAUGUUGCGUACCUGCAUUCUCUAUUUAUCCUUAUCAGUUUGUGAAUGCGACAUUGAUGGGUCUGUGAUCAUUUUACAGAAAAGCCUUCCUAUCCAGCUGGAUACAAAACCCAGACGGAACCAGGUACCCCUGUCUUGCUGCCACGAUAUUACAACGCGCAUACAAUCAUGCACUAACAUCACGGAAUCCCAAUUGCAAAAAAAAGAAAUCAACAUUAACUACCAGAGCACAAAAACAGUCUGUGCUGGAAUCUUUUUAAAUGGUUCAUUAGCUUUUUUUAAAAUAUGAAUUCUAACAUUUUGGACAUAACAUGCACCAAUAUUGGAACCCUUUGUUAACAAAGAAGACUGUGAACAAUUGUCAAUAUUGUUUAACCACUUCAUCUUUCGUUAAGAAAAUACACAAAAAUACUUUGCUCUCGUGGAUAUCAAACAAUUGCAAAAACACCGGUUUAUUAAAAUAAAUAAAUCUUUGUUAAUCGUGUGUGGUACAAGUAUUGGCUCCCUUUUAGUCAGUACUUUGUGCUACCUCCUUUUGCCAAGAUAACUGCUCCUAUAAUACCCGAUGAGGUUGGAGACUACAUGGCAACCUCCAUACAGAAUCUCUCCAGGUCUGCUGGUGGGCUCUCCUCUUCCGUUCACACCGCAGGUUUUCUAUGGGGUUCAAGUCACCACCAUAAUUUACCAUUGUACAUACAUAUGGCUACUGCUCUGUGUGUGCCAAAUCCACCUUGGAUUUCUCCAGCUAUGAUCCUUGGAGCGAUUUUGGCCCCUCAAGCCAUCCUCUUCACAGUGCGUUGAGACAAUAUGGACACACGUCCUGUUUCAGGUUAAUUCAAAACCUUUCCAGUUGACUGGAGUGUCUUAAUUAUUGCCCAGAUGGUGGAAAUGGGCAUUUUCUUAAUGUCUUUGUUAUAUUUGGAUAGCCACUCUACAUUUUGUGAAGAUUGACAAUCUUUAAUUCCAUUUUCUUACCAAUUGUGAUGAAUGACUAAGGGAAUUUGGCCUAUUUAUUUCCUAAUUUUUAAACCCCUGUGAAACAGGAAGUCAUGGUUGAACAAUUUCCUGUUCCUUCCAGGUGUAUUAACAAAUAAUGAAAAUGUCAAUGAGAAUAUAGUUUUAUCAUAUGACUACGUAGGGGUGCCACACAUAUAUUUAACCAAGAUUUUUUUAAUUUAUUUAAGUUUUUGGGGAUGAACCUGAGUUUGCAAUUGUUUGUUAUCCAUGGAAGCAGAGUAUUUUUGUGCAUUUCUUUUAUUUUUAAACAAAGGAUCAAAAGGUUAAACAAAGACAAUCUUUUCACCACCUUCUUUGCUCAUAUUACAGUCCACUAAGUUCACCUUUUUUGUAACUGCAUCAAUGUAAUUGGUUACAUUAUUCCAGUCCGCUUUACUUGGAAUACAGUAUUCGCUUGGCCUCUUUCUGAUUAGUUGCCGGUUUUCUGUCUUGCCUAUUCACUGAAACCUGCUUAUAACUGGUGCAGGAAUCAUUGGUUCAAAGUGGUGUUACACCAGGCAUUUAAUCUGUAACCAUGAUUGGCAGAUUAUCAUUUUUUCAAUAUUGAUGCACUCUAGUAGACUAGUUUUGUGCUCUAUUUAAACAUUUUUUUCCAGGGGAGUGGAGUUUUCACAGUGACUAUAAUCAUGCUACUAACAUGUUGUUAUAUUGAUUUUAACAUUUUUAUAGUUUUAUUUAUUUGUUAUUUUGUUUGAAUACAUGAAUAAGAAUCUGCUUAAUGUUCUCUCGUCCUGUCGCAGUUCUCUCACAUAACAUGGUGUCAGCUUCACAGAUAUUGCAGAUACAUUGAUUGAUUUCUAACGUAUUAUUCCGGUUAAUGCUUUGCUUGAGAAUCCAUUGAAUAUAAACAUAGAUGUGCAAACACACGCUGGUAUGUAAAUAACAUAUACUUCUGCCAUGUGAUGGAUAACUUUUAAAAUCAUUAAAAACUACAAAUUAUGUUGUGACUUGUUCGGUGUAGAAAUUUGCAUUCAUGUUACACAUGAUGGAACGUGGCGUGCGCAGUGUGACAUUGGUAACAUACCCCAUCUAUGCUCAUAUUCACUUGGCAUGUAACAAUGUGUCUUUCACCUUUUUGUUUCUGUACCUUUGCUACGCAGGUAUUAAUCAAAGCAGGUAUUGUUCACAUGAUCCUUAAUUUUAAAGAUGUUUUGUCCAAAUUGGUAAACCACUGUUGUGUUUAUUUAUUUUCCUUCCAGAAAACCAACCGGUCUGUUUUGCCCAAUAAGGAAAAAUUAAUUUGCAGGAGGUUGCCUAAAAUAGGGCUCACAAUUUACACUAGCCACUGGCAUGUAAAAAAACAUAGCCCUAUUCACCCCUGUAGUGUGCCAGGGACACUAUAGUCACCAAAACAACUUUAGCUUAAUGAAGCAGUUAUGGUGUAUAGAUCAUGCCCCUGCAGUCUCACUGAUCAAUGCUCUGCCAUUUAGGAAUGAAAUCACUUAAUUUAUGCAGCACUAGCCACACCUCCCUGCAUGUGACUUACACAGCCUUCCAAACACUUCCUGUAAAGAAUCAUCUAAUGUUUACACUUCCUUUAUUGCACAGUCUAUUUAAUUUAGAAUGUCUUAUCUCCUGCUCUGUGUUAAUCACACAGGGGCCUCCCGUGUGUGAUUAAAGUUCAAUUUACAGAGCAGGAGAUAAAAACUUCUAAAGCAAAUUUACAUCUGAUUAAAAAUGAAACCAUUUUGUUUUCAUCCAGGCUGCGCCAGGGGAGGUGUGGCUAGGGCUGCAUAAACAGAAACAAAAGAGAGUAACUCCUAAAUGGCAGAGCAGUGAGGCUGCAUGGGGCCUUUAAGAACUGGCUAGUAGUGUAGGACUUUAAAUAUUAAGCCAUGUACGUGUUUAAAUUUUUAAAAUAAUUUCUCUUCCUAGGAUUCCUUAACGUCUCACGAGACCGCAGUGCUUAUCAAACGAUCGAUCAUCUUGAUUCUCCACCAGAACAGGACAGUAAAGCAACUCUGCGUUCCUACUAGAACAAUGAGACUGUGAUCAUUUGGCAUUUAACUCUGGACCAAGAAGGUUGAUGGUCGGGAACCAGAGAUUCUUGAGGAAUACGAUCUUUCACUUUCUAGAUCUUCUUCUUAAGUUGUCUUCUAUCCCUGCACCUCAAGUUGGUUAGAGACUCUUCCUGGGGACCAAACAGUGUCCAGAGCCGACAAUAGGUUUCCAGUAUGUAGACCAUUCUUAUGGCCGUUUUGCUCUGUUAUCUGAAGGCUUUUGUGAUUUUUGUUGAAGUAUUUGGAGGUAACUGUGAAAGUUAAACUGUGAUUUACUCUUUAAGCCUGUGGGUCCUUGUCCAGGAGCAAAGCACCCUUGGGGUUUUCAUUGGUUGAUAUUUCGGGUAGGUAACGAAGUACCCAUACUCUUUCUAUGCACACGUCUACUUGUAAAUAUUGUUUGCAGAGUUUUCUACACUGGAUCUCUUAUUUUUUUUUUUUUUUUUAAGUGGAUUGCUUAUUUUUGAUGAAAUAUCUUUACCACGUGAUUAGAACAGACAAUGAUUACAUAAUAUAUUGAUCAAAAGUGUUUUUAUGUAUUGUCUGCGUUGACUGUCUAAACAAAUACAAGAAUUACAAUUAAAAAAAAAAUGGAAACCCAGUUUAAACAUUUUAGUAAUUAUUUUACACCUGAUCAACAAUACUGAAUGGAUUUUCUGUCUGAAAUAAGAGAGCUGGGUUUUGUAAAAAUUAACACGUCAGCAAGAUCGAAGUCCCGCUUUUGCUCACCGAAGCAGAAAGAUUCC